AUGAGGUCUUUACGAUUAGCAGAAUUAUGCGAGGAUCGAGAGCAGGCACAAUCCUGGGAAGUUCAGGGCUGGACUGGAGUCAAAUGCGGGGGCAGCGAGAUCUACGCCGAGGCCACGACAGGUGCACAGGCCUGUGAGAACUUCGACACCACCCAAGAACUCCUUUCCGUCAUGUUCACCUACGCCAAGAAGAAUGUUGUGCCUCAUCUCUUCUAUGAGAAGGACUGCAAGGGUACCGUGUAUGAGCCCAAAAGCGGCUAUUGCUGGUAUAAUUCUGCCGACAUUUUCAAGUCCUACAAGAUCGUGGCAGCCAGCUAG